AUGUCCACGUGGAAAGCAAGGCUCGCCAAAAGACUGAAAUCUCCAUCCCGAAGGAUGCAUCCGUUUCCAUGUUCAGCUCUGCUGGCCUGUUUUGGGAAUACCAGAGAGAACGCUCCCUGUGAUCAGCCCAUAGUGCCUGAUACUCAUUCCACCAUCUACGAUCAGCCCAUCGCCAAAGCGGGCGGACACCCAAGUCACCUGAGAGGGGAAGAAGAAACUCCGGAGAAAAGGAGAGAUUCCAGCACCCAUUCAAACAGAAAUGGCAGCGCAAAUCGGAAUUCAAGUAACCACACUGCUGUCCAGCCUGCUGAGACCUCUGAGGAUGUGCCUGGGUCUCCAGAUGAUGAAUUGGACUGUGAAGCAGUUACUUUUCAGACUUCUAUCCCCAGACCAUCAAUUAUUGAAAUGCCAAUGGAAGAAGAUGAAUCGCAAGAAGAACCUAGAUGCCUCCAGUUGGAACAGAAGAUGACAUCAGACAACCCAUUUGAAGAUCCUGACCUUAAGGACCCAUAUCUCAUUCCAAGAAACAUCAUGGCCGAGCCAGACUAUAUAGAAGAUGACAAUCCUGAACUAAUUAGGCCUCAGAAACUUGUCAACCCCGUCAAAACGUCACGCAACCAUCAAGAUCUUCACAGAGAGCUUCUUAUGAAUCAGAAAAGGGGUUUGGCCCCUCAGAAUAAGCCAGAGCUGCAGAAGGUGAUGGAAAAAAGAAAACGAGAUCAAGUAAUAAAGCAGAAGGAAGAAGAAGCACAAAAGAAGAAAUCUGACUUGGAAAUAGAACUUUUAAAACGGCAGCAGAAGUUGGAGCAGCUUGAACUUGAGAAGCAGAAACUGCAAGAAGAGCAAGAAAACGCCCCAGAGUUUGUGAAGGUUAAAGGCAAUCUUAGGAGAACAGGCCAAGAAGUGGCCCAAGCCCAGGAGUCAUAGGCCCACGCCUCAGAGUUCUCGCUGAAGCUGUGAGCAGGCUCCUCCUCAACGCUUAAUCUCAGGGCAGAAGCCCCUGGGGAGCAUCCAGCCAGCAGAGAAUUGUUGCUUAAAAAGGAUUUGGUCUUGGUUCACCUACGGUCUGGGUGGGUAAAUUACCUGUGACAGUUGCAGUUCCUAUUCGCCAAACGAAGGACGUUGACCAGCACCUAAGCUGGGAUAUGGACCUGUGAUCAGAGACGUUAAAAACAACAACAAAAGGAAGAGGACACUGGAGUAAAUUCUUGAGAAUUGCACUACUUGGUUUUCCUCCCCAGCCAAGUUUAGUGGGGCAAGAACCUUUUUCCUUUUAAAACCUAAAGAAAAUGUGUUUCAUUUUUCCUGUCGUUAUCUGUUAGACCAUUUAGAUCACAUAGAAAUGCAUUUGAUCUGUUACAGUCACUAUUCAUCAAUUCUAUUUUGAGAACCCAAAAUUUUCUUGUUUAAUUUUUACUUUCACCCAUGUUAGGAUUCACACCUGAGAAUGCUGAUGUUAAUGAGCACAGCUAACACCUUUAUUGACAACAGUAAGGCGAGAAGGUUUAAAAAUAUGUAAACAGACACAUGUAAACAAAAAUAUGUUAACACCAUUUUGAUCUUAUUUUAAUUCCUUUUGGUUAUGCUCCAUGGUAACAUUCCAGUUCAGAGAAGGCACAUUCUAUAAAUCCAUUUAUUGCUUUGAUAACUGUUAGGGUUUUUUUUUUUAAAUUUCUUGCAGAACUAGCCCUUUUGUAGGAAAUAAUCUCCCCACCCUUUGGAGAAUAAAGCUAGUCCACACAACCCAACUUCAGUGUCAGAAGUAGAGGGUCCAGAUCUUUGGAUUCCUUCUGAGAGCAGUGUGGGGAAUGCUCCCAUUGGGAGCCUAGAGAGGAGUUCUUUGAGUAUUUUAAUGGGAAGCAAAUGUAGAUUGGUUUCAAGAGGCCUGGUUGGAAGGUUCAUAGCAAUUGUACAUGUUGAAUGUUACCCAUUUCUUUGUGUGCUUUUUUCCUUGAGAAGAAAGACUGUUUCCCCACUCUCUUAGUUGUGAUGAUGCUGUUGAACACGAUGACCUUAAUGACUACUGUACUGCAUCUCAGGAAAAGCCAAGGGAAAGGGAGAAGCUGCUCAAAGCGAGGCCCCAGUUACCAAUAACAGCAGAGUCCUUAGGCGGAAUUAUUUUAUACUGCUGGUAUGGUACAUUCGACUUGGGGUGGUCCGGGAGAAUUUGUGUGGAUUCAGUAUGUUCUCCAUAGAGACGAUUCAGCCACUAAUUUGUACACUGAAGACUCUUCUUAGAAUUCCUCUAAAGGAUUAUAAAAAGCUGGGUUCCGAGCAUCUGAAUUCUUAAUAAGCGUAGGAAAUUGGCUCUCUGCAGGAUUGCUUUAGUUCUCAUAGUCUACGAUUAGGCUCAUAUUCAGUCCUAAUGUGAACAAGAUAGAAGUAACUGCAGUGAUCAUACACUGCUAGUUCAAGAAUAUGCGGAUUAUACCUGGAAUGGGUUUCUCUCAUCAGUGAGUAUUAUUUGAAUAAAAUAGGAGGUGCUUAAGAUAAGAUAUUGCUCUAUAACAGUUUGCUUUUGAAAGAUGGAAUGGUAACUGUUUUUUUCCAUCACUUUUCCUUUUGAGAGAAGAAAGUACAUUAACUGAUCAUUUUGAAAGUACAUUUCUGAUUGCACACUGACUGGAGUUCUUUCUUUGUGCAUGUGGACUAAUGAUAUGAUUUGUAAAAUGAGGAUUUAGGACUGGCCCAUAUAUAGCCUUUAACUGCAUGUCAGAUCUUUAGAUCCUGUGCCCUUGAAGCAAUUCUGCCACUUGAUAAAGUUCCCAAGGGCCCUAACAGGCUCCUUCAGAAGGACCAAUUCUGUUCCUAGAACUUACCUAAAAUUCAUUCUUCACUGGGAAAAAAUAAAUUACAAAGUGUUUCCUUCCCAGUCUCACUCACAAAUUUGCAGAAUUAUCUGUAGUUAGUAGGACGAGGUCUGGCCAAAAGAAGAUUUGUAAAUAGCAACAGUGAUGUCUUACGACUAAACAGUGAAGGUCCACACAGAGAAGCUCUUUGAAGACACCAGGUCAGCUUAGCUCACAGGCCUGCAUUUAAAAAGGCAUCAGUCUCCCCCCACGCGUUAAUUCUGUAUAGUCCAAACCCCUAGGACUCGUGAACAUCGAGCAGUUUUGUGCUUCGAGCCACUUUUUGACAAAAAUGGCUCCAUUUUUCCACUCUGUGAUUUUCUUAAACUAGUUCAGUGUUUUAUAGUCUCCUAGUAGUAAAGUAGUGUUGCUUUCUAAGCUAUAACAGUUGACUUUAUUCUUCUACUCUGAAAAAUCUUGACUUGUUUGAGUGUAUAUAAUAUAUAUAAAGGGAGCCUUAAUGGAUUUGUUUUCAUAAUUUAAUAUUUUUUGUAUUUGCUCUUGUAUAAUUGUUUUUAACGGAAAGUAUUGCAGAAUUGAGGGUGGAAUUCUUAGAACCAAAGUUAUUCUUAAUAAAAAUCACCACAUGCUUGGACCAUG